AUGACUUCUUACUCGUGGUGCAACGCAACUGCACUUGCCAGAAAGGCAAGACAAGCAACUGGAGACAACAACUCCAGCACUUUCCAAACCAUAUUAAUUGCGUUGGGCGCCCUAAUUGUUUUUGGAAUCUUGGACAACAUCACUCCAUUAUGGAACGCACUGGGUCUUGAAUCAAGCUCUGAAGAUUCCAAACCUUCUAUAUCGCAGGAAUAUAUCACAAUUGAGAGUGGUCAAGAGACAGCAGAUACAAGCCCACUGCCUUUGAUGACGAAAGCUGUACCCAGAAGAAAGCCUCGGGGAAGAGGUAAAAAGCAGUUUCAAAACGAAGAAUCUCCAAUGACACCAACAACUCUGAGAAGAAGUUCCAGAGUUAGAGAGUUAAUUGCCAAGAAUGGGCUUCCCACACCUGUGUCGACUCCGACAGCACAGAAGAGAAGUGCCACGACCAAGGGCAAAGGCAAGAGGAAUAGCAUCCAACCUGUCUCAUUUGACGACUUUAUCGAGCCGGCUUCUACCCCAACGGGACAGAAAAAAAUCAUCAAAGGCAGAGAAAAGCAAAUCGUGCUUGACGAAUACGAGACUUUUAUGAACGAGCCCGAGGAGGAGAGAACAAAGAAGACACAAUCAAAAGACGAUUUUGACUACGAGGGAUACUCCACCCCUUGGUCUGCGAUACAACGAAAGAAUGUCAGCAAGGGGAAAUUCGGAAGGAUCACGAAGGGGAAAGGGCAGAAGAAGUGA